AAUAAUAAUAAUAAUAAUAAUAAGUAUUAUUAUGUAUAUAUAUUUUUUUUGAGUCUUUGUGUUUUAUGUGUUUUACAGGGGUAAUUUGGUCAUUUAAUAAAACUCAACAACAAAAUUCUAUCUGGGUUAGAAAUUUGGACUCAAAUGGUUAAAGAAAAUGCUUAUAGGGACUCAGGUCGUUAAACUUUUUGCUUUUAGACUCAACUAGUUAAAACCAAUAAAACAUAUAGACUCAGAAAAGUAAUUUACCCUUAAACCUUUUAUUUAAUGCACUUGUAUUUCUAUCGGCCGUUGGGAUGAAGAAACCACCACACACACACACAUGCUUCAACAUCGGAAGCCCAACCCGCUGCCUCAUGUCACUCGGACCCGGACCCGCAACUCCCUAACCGCAAUUGCCUUUGACUAAAAAAAAAGUCAAAAUCAUGAAAUAAAAACCUCAAAUGGUCCAUUCUCCUCCUGCAGCUGCUGCACAAUGGCUGCAGCCUCCUCAUCUCUCCUUAUCCUCCACCCCCGCCUCACCCUCUUCGCCACCACUCUCCGUCCUCUCUCCCUCUUCACUCACCACUUCUCUUCAACCACUCCUCACCAUCCCAAUGCCACCGGACGAUCUAUUUCACUCUCUUCUCCCCCCUCAGAUUUCGCCCAAAAGAUAGACGUCAAUCCUCCCAAAGGCACCCGUGAUUUCCCCCCUGAAGAUAUGCGCCUCCGCAAUUGGCUCUUCCACAACUUCAGAGAGGUUUCAGAACUGUUUGGAUUUGAAGAGGUUGAUUACCCUGUUCUCGAAACAGAGUCCCUUUAUAUUCGAAAAGCAGGAGAGGAAAUCAGAGACCAGCUUUACUGUUUCGAGGAUAAGGGAAAUCGUCGAGUGGCGUUGAGGCCUGAACUUACUCCUUCUCUAGCUAGACUUGUCAUACAGAAAGGAAAAUCUGUGCCCCUUCCGAUAAAGUGGUUUGCUAUUGGACAGUGCUGGCGUUACGAGAGAAUGACGAGGGGACGGCGGCGUGAACAUUACCAGUGGAACAUGGAUAUAAUUGGUGUUCCUGAUGUAACUGGAGAAGCUGAGCUAAUCUCAUCUAUUGUUACAUUUUUCAAGCGAAUUGGGAUAACUGCUAAAGAUGUUGGCUUCAAGAUAUCUAGCAGAAAGGUUCUACAGGAAGUGCUAAGUUUGUAUUCUGUACCAGAAGCUUCGUUUGCCAAAGCUUGCAUCAUCAUAGAUAAGAUGGGAAAAAUACCCAUGGAGGAGAUCAAGAAAGAGCUGAAGUUGGUUGAUUUAUCAAAUGAAGCUAUUGAGGAUCUACUGCAAGUUCUUUCCAUGAAGUCUUUAACGGAGUUGGAAGAGAAACUUGGAGACGCAGGGGAAGCAGUCAGAGAACUGAAGCAACUAUUUUCACUUGCUGAAAAGUUUGGUUAUUCAGAAUGGAUUCAGUUUGAUGCUUCUGUUGUUCGAGGCCUAGCUUAUUACACUGGCAUUGUAUUUGAGGGAUUUGAUAGAGAAGGUAAGCUGCGAGCCAUUUGUGGUGGUGGACGUUAUGAUCGUUUGCUUUCUACUUUUGGUGGUGAUGACAUUCCUGCAUGUGGUUUUGGAUUUGGUGAUGCUGUCAUUAUUGAACUGCUAAAGGAGCGACAACUUAUACCAGAAGUUCCACUUGAAGUGGAGAACAUUGUUUGUUCGCUGGAUCCCGAUCUUCAAGGUGCAGCUGCAACUGUUGCCACUCUUCUUAGAGAAAAGGGUCAGUGUGUUGAUUUGGUUUUGGAAAAUAAACCACUUAAAUGGGUGUUCAAGCGUGCAGCACGAAUAAAUGCACGAAGAUUGAUACUUGUAGGAAAGUCUGAAUGGGAAAGAGGCAUGGUUAGUGUUAAGAUCCUUUCAACUGGGGAACAAAAUCAGAUUAAUCUUGAUGACCUACAAUAGUCAGUCAGUCAUGUAGAAAUUUUUUUGGUCAUUACACAUUGUUUUUUAGUGUAUCAUUUUCAUCUUGAUGAUACUCCCCGUUCUCACGUUUUAAUGUUACGAUUCAUUCUUUCAUCCUCUGUUUUGGACUCAAUUGUAACCGAUAAAGAUUUGAUGAUGAGUUCAAUAUAUAUAAACAGAAAGUAGAUUACACGUCUUA